UUCUUUGGACAAUUUGCUUUUGCACAACACAUUACACUGAGGUAGGAACAAACAAGAGUUUACUGAGCACUGAGUGCAUUGUUAAAAGCAGGUGCUGUGUUAGAAACUGUGUUGCUGCUGGCUGGAGUUGCGGUGAAUGACUGGAAUAGUUAGUUUUCAGGAGAGGGGGUUAAAAAAAAUGAAGGCUGCAUUUUAGCAACUAACAAAGGAAUGUUGUUUGGGAAGUCUGGACUUCGGGUUUCUUCGUCCACUUGAAUCUUAACCAGCCUCCAGAACAUCUUCCAGUAUGUUUUAUUCAUAUUCACCGCAUCGUCGGAAGCCCUUUUUGCCUUAAAACCCUGCUAAACUCCAUUAUGGCAGUCCGGCUGGGAUAGCAAAACAUUUUUAACAUUUUCUCGGGAACAGAAGAUGAACUGGGGAAUUUCGUCUCGACGUCGGCAAGUCCUACCUGCUAAAGCCGCUGGAGUGUUUGAUUAGUUAACUGUGUUUUUGACGAAUGGUAGUUUUUCUAGAUUUCUGAACAAGUCUAAAUCACAUCCAUGUGGCCCCUCCUCUUUCUGCAGCAACUAUAACUAAAGGGCUGACGAGCAGGCAAACACCAGAGUGCUGCGAGUCGGUCUGACAUGACAGAGGAUCUCCUGAGAAUACACACACAAACGAGGAGCAAGUGUGGGAAGUACUGAGAUAAGGAAGGAUAAUCUGACUUUUCUUGGACUUUGUCAAAACGAGCGGAGAGAUGGAACUAGUUUUUUUUUUUUUUUUUCAUUAUGCUUGUAAGUGAGGAUUAAAAACUAAGCUGAAGGAGGGAAGGAAAUUAUCCUGUAGAGUGAAUCCCUACCAACCCUCCAGAAAGAACUGUUUCCUUUUUUAUUACUAUAGCAUAUGCUAGGAACAAUGCAAGCUCUGAGUCAUAGACAAUUAUGUUCAAGCCUUGCCUUAGAAAUUGGUAAGUUCCCAUUGUUAGCUGACUGAAUAUUUUUCUCUGAGAUUAACAAUGGUGGAGCCAGUGGGGUUUGUGGAGGCAUGGAGAGCUCAGUUCCCUGAGUCAGACCCCCCUCGCAUGGAGCUGAACUCACUGGGGGACAUUGAGCAGGAACUGGAUAAAUGCAAGGCAUCUAUCAGACACUUGGAGAAGGAAGUGAACAAGGAGCGCUUUCGGAUGAUCUACCUGCAGACUCUACUCGCCAAGGAGAGGAAGUCUUACGAUGGUCAGCGAUGGGGCUUCAAGAAGAUGCCCCAAAUGAUUGCAGGAGAUCAGUCCAGCAGCCCGGACAGCCAGCGCUCCCACACAGAUGAGGCAUCUGUGGAGGACCAGCAGCGAGGGGGUGGUGAGACAGCAAGGUGUAAACAACAUCCAGAAGGAGAGGUGGAUGGUGUGUCCCCCGCCAAACAGAAGGGUGGGGUGUCACCCAUUCGACAAGAGACAGAGCUACCGGAUUUCCCAGUUGGGACAGGCUCGGUGGCAGCUCUGAGAUCCAACUUUGAGCGCAUCAAGAGAGUCAGCUCUCACACAGCCGGGGAUGGGAGAGGGUUGUCGGUGAUGGGAGGUCCAGAGCGCCCCUUCUAUGUGAACAUGGAGUACCAUCAUGAGAGAGGGCUGGUCAAAGUCAACGACAGGGAAGUCUCAGACAAGAUCAGCACCCUUGGCUGCCAGGCCAUGCAGAUGGAGCGAAAAAGAUCACUGCACUCUGUCCCAGGGAACCUGUCAGCUGUCAUGGGGGACAUCAGCAAGUCCGUCCAGAGAGGACAGUCCAUUGAGGGGAACUGUGGCUACAAUGGGUCGUGUGACGACGUAGAGGUCAGCCCACACUUCCUUAAAGACAGUGUGAUUCGUACCACUGGGGGGAAGUCUGAUAGACAGCCAGCAGAUUGUCAGCCCUACACCAGUGUGUAUGUUGGGGGGAUGAUGAGUGACAAUGAUGCCAGUGUCAUCCACAUUAGGGACCACAGUGUAGAGGAAGAUGCGCAUCUCACCUGGCCGAGGCGCUCCUACUCACCUGGCAGCUUUGAUGAUGUAGGAGGAGGCUACACGCCAGACUGCAGCUCCAAUGAGAACCUAACAUCCAGCGAGGAGGACUUCUCCUCAGGCCAGUCCAGCCAUGUGUCCCCCAGUCCCACCACCUAUCAAAUGUACCGAGAGAAAAGUCGCUCGCCUUCCCAGCAGUCCUUUGGCAGCAGCAGCCCCCCGACACCUCUGUCUCAGAAACGUCUGCAGCAGCAGGUGGUGGUUUCUGAGGCCUCCAUAAUUGGAGUCCGUAAAACAGGUCAGAUCUGGCCCAGUGAUGGGGACUCCACCACAUCCAGCAGGACCUCCCAUGACAACAGUGUCCAAGGAGAUCUGGAGGCUCCGUACAGUGAGACCCCUCCUUCCUAUGGCUAUGACCUGGAGCAUUCGGAGGACCACCAGCCCCACCACGACCCCCACUUCGCCGGCUCUCCCUCCUCCUCGCCACGCCUACGCUCCAAGAGCCGCAACAGCCGAGACACUCAGUCCUCCGGCUCCCUGGAGUCCUCUCUGUCGGUGGAGCUCGAUCAGGAGAAGGGACUGGAGAUGAGGAAGUGGGUUCUGUCGGGAAUCCUGGCCAGUGAGGAGAUCUACCUCAGCCAGCUGGAGGCACUUUUAAUACCCAUGAAGCCUCUGAGGGCAGCAGCUACAACCUCCCAGCCGAUGCUGACCAUCCAGCAGAUAGAGACCAUCUUCUUCAAGGUGCCAGAGCUCCAUGAGAUUCACAAGGACUUCUAUGAUGCCCUGCUGCCCAGAGUCCAGGACUGGAGUUACCAACAGUGUGUGGGUGAUCUCUUCCAGAAACUGGCCAGCCAGCUGGGAGUGUACCGGGCCUUUGUGGAUAACUAUAAGGUUGCCGUGGAGACAGCAGACAAGUGCUGCCAGGCAAACGUCCAGUUUGCCGAGAUAUCUGAGAACCUCAAGGUUAAAAGCACAAAGGACUGUAAAGACCAGUCUGCUAAAAAUUCACUGGAAACCCUUCUAUAUAAACCUGUGGACAGAGUGACACGCAGCACCCUCGUUCUGCAUGACUUAUUGAAGCACACCCCCUCCAGCCACCCAGACUAUCCACUGCUGCAGGACGCCCUGCGCAUCUCCCAGAACUUCCUGUCCAGUAUCAAUGAGGAGAUCACUCCGCGCAGACAGUCCAUGACUGUAAAGAAGGGAGAGAACCGGCAGCUGUUGAGAGAUCGCUUCAUGGUGGAGUUGGUCGAAGGCUCCAGGAAGCUCCGUCACGUCUUCCUCUUCACUGACCUGCUGCUCUGCACCAAGCUGAAGAAACAGGCUGCAGGCAGGAAAGGGCAGCAGUAUGACUGUAAAUGGUACAUCCCACUGGCCGAUGUGACCUUCCAGAACAUUGAGGACUGUGAGUCCAACCCCAUCCCCCUGGUGCAGGACGAGGAGAUUGAUGCCAUGAAGAUUAAAAUCUCCCAGAUUAAGAACGAGAUCCAGAGAGAGAAGAGAACCACCAAAGGAUCCAAGGUGAUCGAGCGACUGAGGAAGAAGUUAUCAGAGCAGGAGUCUUUGCUGCUUCUCAUGUCCCCCAACAUGGCGUUCAGAGUGGCCAACAGAAAUGGCAAGGGUUUCACAUUCCUGAUCUCCUCUGACUACGAGCGUGCAGAGUGGAGGGAGAUCAUCCGUGAGCAGCAGAAGAAAUGUUUCAAAAGCUUCUCCCUGACGUCUCUGGAGCUGCAGAUGCUGACUAACUCAUGUGUUAAGCUUCAGACAGUUCACACUAUUCCCAUGACCAUGAAUAAGGAAGAUGAUGAAUCUCCUGGUCUGUAUGGCUUUCUCAAUGUCAUUGUCCACUCUGCAUCAGGGCUCAAACAGAGCUUAAAUCUGUACUGCACUCUUGAGGUGGACUCCUUUGGCUACUUUGUCAACAAAGCCAAAACACGUGUGUACAGGGACUCUACAGAGCCCAGCUGGAACGAGGAGUUUGAGAUUGAGCUGGAGGGCUCUCAGACUCUUAGGCUGCUCUGCUAUGAGAAGUGCUGCAACAGAACCAAACAGGGCAAAGAGGAUGGAGAGAACACGGACAAGAUCGUGGCCAAAGGACAGAUAAAGAUGGAUCCCCAGACACUGCAAAAUAAAGACUGGCAAAGGACUGUCAUCUCUAUGAAUGGGAUUGAGGUGAAGCUCUCCAUGAAAUUCACCAGCAGAGAGUUCAGUCUGAAGCGGAUGCCCUCAAGGAAACAGUCAGGCGUGUUUGGAGUGAAAAUCAACGUAGUAACAAAGCGGGAGCGCUCCAAGGUGCCCCUCAUCGUCAGACAGUGUGUGGAGGAGAUUGAGCGACGGGGAAUGGAGGAGGUGGGGAUCUACCGAGUGUCUGGUGUGGCCACGGACAUCCAGGCUCUGAAAGCCGCUUUCGACUCGAACAACAAGGACGUGUCUAUGAUGAUGAGGGAGAUGGACGUGAAUGCCAUCGCUGGAACACUGAAGCUGUAUUUCCGCGAGCUGCCAGAGCCUCUUUUCACCGAUGACCUGUACCCCAACUUUGCUGGAGGCAUCGCUCUCUCUGACAGUGUUGCCAAGGACAGCUGUAUGCUCAACCUGCUGCUGUCUCUGCCAGAGCCCAAUCUGGUGACCUUCCUCUUCCUGCUGGACCACCUAAAGAGGGUGGCUGAAAAUGAGAGCAUCAACAAGAUGUCUUUCCACAAUUUGGCCACAGUUUUUGGCCCCACUUUGCUGCGCCCCUCAGAAAAAGACAGCAAAAUCUCAGCCAGUACCACACUGCCGAUAUCCAUGAAUGACAGCUGGUCGCUGGAGGUCAUGUCUCAGGUACAAGUCCUGCUGUAUUUCCUUCAGCUCGAGAGCAUCCCAACACCCGACAGCAAACGUCAGAGCCUUCUCUUCUCUACUGAAGUAUAGCGGGACAUUGUCAGAAAACGUGGUUCUCAAAAGAAGGCGUGCUGCUGGAAGAGCUGGAUGCUGCGAAGCGGCCACAGCCAGCUGCUGUACUGAGAAGGUGCAGAGUUUAGCCACCAGGGGGAGCCAACAACACACUGUAAAGUGACAUCAACACCAUGACCAAAGCCUCUUCUUCUCAAGAAGUGAUGAGCAUGUGUGUUCUGUCCACUGCAAGCUAACCUGCUGUGUCAGUGCAAACCUGUAAACUAUCUCUAUAGUCAAACACAUCAUUCCUUGUUUUACUUAGGUUUGUCUCAACAAUCAUGCCUCACUGUAAUGCAGUAUAUUCCUCCUGUAUCAUGCUGUCAUUAUACACAUUAGCGCCAUAUUCACACACAGGAAUAUCUACUGUUACGUUACUGGAUUUUGUAAGAUUUAUGGCUGAAUGGAUGGACAUCAUGUCUUUAUGUACAUUUUAUCCCAUUUUAAUGUUUCUGAGUUGGUUGAAAACUCACCUGUGCCAAUGUUUCCCUGCUGAUGAUAGGAACAUUUCCAUUAACCUAAAUGUUUACACUCUUAAUUUUGUACAGAUUUGAAAUGUUUUAAGACUGAAAAGUGUAGUUCACACGCAACAUGCAGGCAUGUUGACCUAAAGAUUGAAAGUGUUUUUUUCUUUCGUUUUGUUUUUUUUCUCUUUUUUCUCUGCUAUACAACUUGUAUAGUGACCUUAUUCAGUUCACUGGUUCUUCUGGUGGUGUUUGACCAAAUAGGCAAAUUGUAUGUACAUUUGUUUUUGUUUUGUUUUUCUUUCGGAGGCUGUACAAUGAGAUGAACGACAAAUCAUUCCAAGAAUCAGCAACAUCGCUGCCCAGACUAGACCCUAAUUUCAUACACCCAUGGAAUAUAUGCUGUGCUGUGUAUUUCUCUGAUUCCACUGUUGUCUUUUGUCCAUAUGUCAUAGUUUUUUGUUGUUUUUUUAAUUUUUUUCUCUAGACAUCAUCUGAUUUAUUUGGCAAAAAUUACGGUAUUGUUACUGCUUCCUCCAUUCCCUCUCUAUUGUGUUCCGCCGUCAUGGGUCAAAACCACAGGCUGUUGUGUUACAGAAAUGAGAAAUGAUCUGGAAACAGUACUUAUUUAAUAUUCCAGAUGUUCCUUGGUAGGAUGUGUCUAGCACAGUGAUUCAUUCACAGCCAAGUCUCCUGGGUUGUUAACACUGUCAAUGAACCUCCACGAUUUGUAGCCUACCAUUACUGUCAGAGCUCUGUGAAGAUAUAGCAUGUGUGCUUACGUAAAGCAUCGUCUUCAAAACAUUCUUCAAACGUAUUGAGACACAUCUUAGCACAUAACUGUAACCUAAAAUGCUUGUGAUUCAUGUAAAUUAAUGUAUAAGCAAUAAGUCUUAGUGAUUCCUUAGUCCGAGCAAUGACCAACUGUAUGAUUUAUGUAAAUAAAAAGUGAAACAUUCUU